AUGGCGUCGACAUCUCUGCUUCCUUGCGUUCCUCCCUGGCCUCCGGAUCUAUGUGUUGUUCAUCGGGAUCCUCCCGCCCCAGAUCCUGGUUUUUCGUCUUCGUCUCUGUUCUUCUCUCACCCGGAUGUGCGUCCGGUCUGUGAAGUCAGUCCUCGUCUCGAGGUUGCUCCGGUGACUCUAGCUACGGCCCAUCCUCCUUCGCCUUCCUCGGCAUUAUGGGUAUCUAAACUUCAGUCUUCACCGCAUAAUCUCAAGAAAAUGGCUUCUCCGACCUUCUCAGCGGAUGGUACUCCGAUUGUGAAAGCUCCGGAAUCUGUUCUACUUCGCUCAGCUCAAAUCUGGAAAGACCAUAUCGUAGCUCAAUUUCACGGCGAGCCACCGUCCCCGGCAAAGGUUUUCAACGAUUUAAACCCUAUUUGGGGGAAAAAUGGAAGAAUCAAGGUCAAGCAACACUCUAAAGGAGUCUACAUGAUUUACAUUCCCUGUGAGCUUACAAGGAGAUGGGUUCUUGAUGUUGCUUUUUGGCAUUCUGGUAAUUGCUCCUUCACGGUUCUACAGUGGAAGCCGAACCUUGUUCUUACAAAAAUGAAACUAGAAUUUGCUCCGGUUUGGAUCCUGUUCAAGAACAUACCUCCAGAGUUGUGGUCUUUUGAAGGUUUUAGCUCUUUUGCUUCUGGUGUGGGUUUUCCAGUACAGUCAGAGUUCCCUCAGCUAAAGCCAUAUUCAAAUGGAGUCAUCAAAUUGAAGGUUGUCAUCAAGUUGGAAGGGAAAAAAUCCAGAUGUGUUAAAGUUGUUGAUAAGCUUGGGAACUCGGUCACUAUUCAGGUUGACUACUUGAAGCUUCCCCCAAAAUGUGGGAUUUGUUCAGAGUUUGGUCAUUUGGCUUUGCGCUGUCCCAAUCCAGCUCAAAGAUCGUCGGUACCAAGAGUCGAGGAGGCGGCUCCUAAGUCGGUUCUAGAGGUUUCAUCUUCGGGUUCCAAGCUGUCGCCAAAAGCGAAUCUUCAGCGAUCUCCUCGAGCUUCUCACUCAGCUUCUUCUCAGGGUGGCAUCUUAAGGCGUUCGGUUAGUUUGCCGGGUUCUCCGGUGGGUUCUCAGAAGUCUGCUACCUUGAAUGAUCCAAAUGGAUGGAUUCUUGUGAAUACGAAGUCUUCAAGUGCUCGGUCGUCGGAGAAAAAUCCUUCUUCUAUUCCUACUAAGGCAAAUCGUCUUUCUUCUGGUCGGCUAGAUUCUGAAGAAGAACUGAUUAGUGCAGCUCAGAAAAUUAUAAGAAUUCGCCUUGCUGAAGAAGGAUUUGACCUACCUCCGUUUUCCUCUGUUGCUGAUAGGAAGAGAUAUCGGAAGCUCCAACGUCAAACCUAUAGGAGCUUGUGUGAGGAGGAUAGUGGAGACCCAUCUUCAGGUUCUCAGCCUUCUGUUAAUAAUCUCAGUGGUCAGAAAGAUUUUUUGGCUUUUGGUUCUCUUGAGGCUGUGCUCCCCAGGGGCCUUAACGGCAGAAAUCGGAGAUUUGAAGUUCAAAGGUGGAUUAACACCAGCCGACCUAUGAUUGGCGGCCUUUUGGAAACUCAUGUGAAACAGGAAAAUCUUUCUUCUAUCAUUUCUAGUUCUUUUCCAGGUUGGUCAUUCGACUCGAACCAUUGCUCGGAGGCGGAAAAUGGUCGUAUUGUGGUGAUUUGGAAUCCCAUACUUUCUGUUAUGGUUUAUCUAAAGACACCACAAAUAAUGGUGUGUGGUGUGUUCAAUCCGGCUUCGCAAAUUGCUUUUACUGUGGGGUUUGUCUAUGCGUUUAAUGAACGAAGUGAUCGGAUUGCGCUCUGGAACUCUAUUCGGCAGCUCUCUCUUUCUUCUAUUUUGAGGAAUUCUCCUUGGAUUAUCAUGGGUGAUUUCAACCAAGUGCUGGAUAUUUCUGAAAUCUAUUCUCUUUAUCAGGUUGAUUUUUCCAUAGGAGGGAUGGAUGACUUCCGAGAAUGCUUGGAUGAUAGUGAUCUAUACGACCUCUCCUAUCAAGGCUGCUUUCACACAUGGACCAACAGUAGCUCGGAUAACCCCAAAUCUAGGAAGCUGGACCGAGCUCUAAUUAAUGAGGCCUUCCAAGACAAGUUUCCCAAUGCUGGUGCAAUUUUUGACUCCCCGGGAGGCUCAGAUCAUUCUCCUUGUUUGGUUACGGUUGCUCAGGACACACACUUUCGAAGAUCUCGGUUCAUGUUUUUCUCCUUCUUCUCUUACCACUCGGAUUACUCGCGACUCUUGAGCGAUGCUUGGUCAUCCAAUGGCCUGUUUGGCUCUCCAAUGGCCACGCUCUAUCAGAAGUUGAGAGCAGCUAAGUCUCUUUGCAAGUCUUUAAAUCGAUCCGCUUUCAGUGAUAUUGAGAAGAGAACUAAGGAGACCUUUGAGAAGCUUCAGAACAUCCAGCUUCAGUUACUUUCGAAUCCGACACCGGCUCUUUUUAUUGAGGAACGACAGGCUCGUGAUUCUUGGUUGGUUUUUGCUGCAGCAGAGCAAAGUUUUUUCAGGCUUAAGUCUAGAGUUCGUUGGACUAGUAAGGGAGACCUUAACACAGGUUUUUACCAUAAAUGUGUUAAGGCAAAUUUGUCAAAGAACAUUUUGCACUUCCUUACUGAUGCCAAUAAUACUCGUGUGUUUGAUUUGAACGUGAUGAAGAAUAUGGCGGUUCAGUUCUACUCAAGGCUUCAGGGUCAUUCAAAUGUUGCUGUUACUCCCUAUUCAGUUGAUCAGAUUAAGUCUAUUCAUCCCUUCAGAUGUAGUGAUCAUCAUGUAGUUCUUCUUUCAGCUAUUCCUUCAGAUGCAGAUAUAAAGAAUACUUUAUUUGCGUUGCCUAAGGAUAAGGCUCCGGGCCCCGACGGGUUUUCGGCUGAGUUUUUCACUUCAUCUUGGGAUCUGGUGGGAGAGGAUUUUAUUAAGGCUGUAAAGCAAUUUUUCCUGGAUCCAAGCAUGAGUAGGCAAACAAAUGCCACAGUUAUUUCGUUGAUUCCCAAAACACCUGGUGCAUCUUCUCUCUCGGAUUUUAGACCAAUUUCCCUUUGCAAUACGGUGUACAAGGUUAUUGCGAAGCUACUGGCUGCGAGGCUUAAGCUUAUUACACCAAAGGCUGUUCAACGGAAUCAAGUGGGUUUCGUCAAGGGUCGCCAAUUAUGCGAGAAUGUCUUUCUUGCUUCGGAGUUGGUUGCAGAUUUUCACAAGGAUGGAGCUACUAAUAGGGGUUGUCUCCAAGUAGAUAUAACCAAAGCCUAUGACAGCAUUGAAUGGGAGUUCGUUCUUAAUAUUCUUCAGGCUUUUGACCUUCCGGCGGUCUUCAUCUCGUGGAUAAGAGAAUGCAUAACUACUCCGCAUUAUUCGGUCUCGCUCAACGGAGAGUUGGCAGGUUUCUUUCCCGGGAAAAAAGGCCUUCGCCAAGGUGAUCCAAUAUCUUCUUCCCUCUUUGUUAUGGCUAUGGACAUCCUCUCGAAAGAUCUGGAUACAGCAGCCAGAGAAGGAGGUUUUGGUAUCCAUCCUCAGUGUUCUAAUCCUUUGAUUACUCAUUUGAGUUUUGCCGACGAUCUCCUUAUUUUCUUUGAUGGGUCAUCUGAUUCUCUUCGUGGAAUUUUAUAUGUCCUUCGGGACUUCCAAAGAAGGUCCGGCCUGGCCCUGAAUCUCAGGAAGACGUGUGUGUUUGUUGAUGGAAAUAACAAUCACUUGGCUUCAGAUUUGGCUAUGGAGUUUGGAUUAGUUCAGGGAGCUCUGCCGGUGAAAUAUCUAGGAGUUCCGCUUCUGCCUCACAAAAUGCGGAGUGAAGACUAUCAGCCAUUGAUUGAUAAAGUUAAGGCUCGGGUGAAUACUUGGACUGCAAAACGACUCUCCUUCGCCGGAAGACUUCAGUUGAUUCAAUCUGUAAUCUACAGCAUGAUUAACUUUUGGUCAUCUAUCUUCCCUCUUCCUAAGGAGUGUUUGGAAGCUUUAGAGCAAAUUUGUAAUGCUUUUCUUUGGACGGGAGCUUCAGGUUCGGCGAGAGGGGCAAAGGUUUCCUGGGAGGUUGUCUGUUCCCCGAAACAGUGCGGGGGUUUGGGCCUUAAACGACUUCUGGGUCUUAAUGAGGUAUAUGGAGUGAAGUUAAUUUGGCUCAUUUUUGCUGGAACAGAUUCCUUGUGGGUUGCCUGGAUUAGGAAUCAUGUUAUAGCGGAGAGACUGUUUUGGAUAGCUGAUUUUUCAAGUGUGGGCAGCUGGAUAUGGCGCCGGUUAAUGAAGUUAAGAUUCUUGGCGAAGCCCCGGCUUCUUUGUCAUGUUAACUCGGGAACAACUGCGUCUUUUUGGCAUGAUAAUUGGACGGAGUUAGGGUCUCUUAUUGACAUUAUCGGUCCUCUCGGACCGUUGCUAUCUGGUAUUCCAAUUGAGAGCUCGGUGGCGGAGGCUGUUACUACAGGAGCGUGGAGAUCGUCUCGUAGUCGUAACCCUGUUUUGCUGCACCUUCGUCAGUCAUUACCAGCUCAAAUUCCCGACGUUACCUCUUUCGAUGAUGACUAUUACUUAUGGAGGAACGCGGUUGAUGACCCUCCAUCCUCCUUUUCAGCUUCCAAAGUCUGGCUUUCUAUUAAUCCACUCCCACCUUUGGUUUCUUGGUACAAGGCUAUCUGGUUUCCUCAAAAAAUUCCGAAGCAUUCUUUCAUUGCCUGGCUUGUUUUGAAGAAUAGAAUGUUAACCCGAGAUAGGAUGAGAUCUUGGGGUUUGGUGGUUCCCGCAGAGUGCCUUCUUUGUGGUCAUGCAGCAGAGACGGUGGAGCAUCUGUUUUUUGAUUGUCAGUUCUCGGUUUCGGUCUGGAAUUAUUUGAUGUCGAGGUGUAGAAUGAUCUACCCCUCGUCUCUGCAUCAGAUAAUCACUUGGUUGAUUGAUAUUCCAGUAAGGAAGAAGAUCAGAGUUAUCCUCAAGCUAUUGUUUCAGGCUUUGGUUUACUUCUUAUGGAAGGAACGGAACUCUCGCCUGCACUCGGGAGCCCGUAAGCCGGUUGUUCAAAUUGCAAAAGAAGUACAGCUUCAGAUUAGAGCAAAGCUUCUGAGUCUUGAUAGGGACGCAGCAUCAAAUUCCCGCACCACUCAGCCUGCCCGCCAUCCAUCGCAGUCCUACCUCUCUACUUGGUUUGAUAGAUUUCAACAUUGA